AUGGCGGAACAACCAAGAAGAAGAAAACGUCCUGAUAGUUCGAAGAUGUGGGAGGAGAGCGAAAACCGUGGUCCUGGUCGAGACCGAGAAGAGAAAAAUGAUCGAGGGGAUCGACGCGACGAUAGAAAUCGCAAUCAUGAGCGCAGUCGCAGAGAUAGAAGCAGGUCACCACGCGAUUCAAAAGAUAACAUACGAAGUUCAUAUAGGGAUAGGGAACGAGAACAACGGAACCGUGGUGGCAGGAGAGAUGAUCGGGAUGGGCGAGGCAAUGAUAGAAAUAGGGAUCAUCGAGACAAGAAUGAUGGGAGGUCAGGAAGAAGAGACAGUCAUCGAGCAGAUGUACCGGAUAGGACUAGAGGUGAGUUUAUGCCCUAUGCACUUUCGCAGACGGUGUUUACAUUGAGGGGCAGACCUAACAUUGGCAAAGACGAUGUUCAAGAACCUCGAGUGAAGGAUGAGAAUGAGAAUGAUAGAAAAGGUAUGUUUUCACCUGAUUCAGAACAGGAUGAAACAUUGGUACUCGCAAUCAGAACCCUGUCUAAUUCACAUAAAGACAAUGAGCGAUCAUCAGGAGAGAAGUCAAAUGAACGAGUAAGAUCGAGGAGUCCGCGGCGUAAUGACGAGCGAGAUUAUAGGAAGGACAAAAGUAGCGAAGGAACCUCACGGAGCGGCGAAUAUACAGAUGAUCGAAAUGUUACUCCACAACCAGUAAGCUUCAGUAUUGGGGCUAGUCACACAGCUAUAGGACAUGAUCACGAUCGGAUGGAUAUCGACAGCGGAAACAAGAAAAAGAAAUCACAACCCAAGAAGAAAAUUAAGGAAGAAGAAGAGGACGAUGAUAUUGUGAUUGAGGAUGAUGGAAUGGCUGCUAUGCAAGCAAUGAUGGGAUUUGGAGGAUUCGCAACUACACAAAACAAGCAGAUACCUGGGAACAAUAUUAGUGCGGUGAGAAAGGAGAAGAAGACAGAGUAUCGACAAUACAUGAAUCGGGUUGGAGGAUUUAAUAGACCUCUGAGUCCGAGUAGGGAUUAA